CGAAUGCACUCUUUAAACGUGUGGAAGUCGCCCUCUUGCGACCAUAGAAUGUCACAUACCCACAAAAAGGGGUGUGCUUCCACCUCGACCAAGUAAUUCCAGAGAGCAUUUUUCGUAGUAGGAGGUUGCGACUGGAAUGCGCCACAACUAAGUCCCAUCUCCUUGCCAUCAAACUUUAUUAAAUAACAUGAAUUCAGUCAGUGAUUAUAAUUAUACUACUGUUUGAUUCAAAAGAACUAGAGCAUUGCAUCUCGAUAUCCUCUAGUCUAGCCUUUCUGGCAUUUCUGCUUCUGGAAUGGAAUGGAAAAGCAGGAAGUGAUAAUAAGGUCAAAGUUGAAGAGUUUCAGUCCGCAGUUGUGUUGUGGUUGUGUGCCGUUUUUGCUGUGGUGAUUUUGAAAUGUCAGCCGAAGAAGACACAGCAAUGGAGCCAGUGCCUUGCAUUCUUAUUUCCAGUUGUGAUUCGGGGUUUAAAGAAGAGGAGCUUAUCAAACAGAUCCUUGGCACAUCAACGGUUCCCGACCCAUCGAAACAGGAGAACUCUGUCGUCUGGUACCCUUGGACAAUCACAAACAAGUACUACACAGCCGACGUCAGCCUGUGCGUCGUGCCAAGCACGUUUCAGAUGUGCUCAGAAGUUGCUCAAUCUAUGCAAGCCUUCAUCGUGUACUUCAACAGUGCAGUAAAAGAGGGGCUGAACAACGUAUCACCUUGGUUACCGAUAGUGGAGGAUCUGGCUCCAGAGGUGCUCAUUCUGGUGUGUGACCACGUGUGUGAUGAUGGAGUCAGCAGGCAAGAGGCCCAGCAGUGGUGUCUGUCUCAUGCUUUCGAACUGGUGGAGCUCAACCCUCAAGAUCUCCCAGAUGAAGAUGACGAUUUCCCUGAGUCCACCGGUGUGAAGAGGAUAGUCCAGGCCCUGAACGCCAACGUCUGGGCCAGCGCAGAGAUGAAGGAUGGAGAACACAACCAGGGCUUCGGCCUCAUGAGCAGCCUGGUGGCCGCCAAACACAACAACCCUCGGCCCAGCCAGGACUCACAGUCUUCAGGCUCCCCGGCCGAAAGUGCAGAGGAGAGUCCAGCGGUCCAGCGGCCAGACAGGGGACAGAGUGGCAACAACAACAGCAGCCAGCAGGGCGGAAAUCUAAUGGAUUCCAUGACAGACAUGGACAUCCAGGAGUUGGCCAACCUGACAGCAGGGGAUGCAGAUGUGGAGAACUUUGAGCGCCUCUUCACCAAACUAAAAGAAAUGAAAGAUAAAGCGUCCUCCCUACCUCACGAGCAGAGGAAAGUCCACGCUGAAAAGGUAGCCAAAGCCUUCUGGAUGGCCAUUGGUGGAGACCAGGACGAAAUUGACGGUCUGUCCUCCGGAGAGGAGAGCUAACUGAUGUCACAGCAAACCCCCUUACUCCCCCCCCUUACCACCAGACGGCUUAUACCCCGUCAAAAUGUUUGGAUGGUGGGGGACGUUUUGGGGUUACGGGCCUAAGAACUGAGAGACUGGACUGGACUGGACUGGGCUGGGAGCAGAGUUUCAUAUGGUUACAUGAAAUGGUGGAAAAGUUGGGCUUCCCUUAUGAAAUGUAAAUAAAACCCCAAGAGGUUUGAACAAGCCGUUUUAAUCACGCACAUCCAAGUAGCCCAGUUACAGAGUUACAGGGGGGGGGGGAGAGAGGAGGAGAUGAAAAUCUGAGAGCAGGGGGGCACUGUAGCACAGCGCGCUAAGCCCCCCACAUUUGGGCUUGCAUGCCCACUCACGGGGAAACCGUUUCGAAUCCGGCCGGGUUCGUUUCCCGAUCCUCCCCUGUCUCUCUGUCCCAUUUGCUUCUUGUCACCUUCUUCGACUGUCCUGUCAAAUAAAGGCAUAAAAGCCCCUAAAAAAUAUUUAAAAAAAAAGAAAAUCUGACACUUAGACAAAAGAAAAUCUGAGCGCCAGAAAUGGCAUUUAGAAUCUUUUUUUUAAUUAUUUGUACGAUUUACAAAAUAAGCCCACAAGAAAACCACUUUGUGGGUCUGCUAAUUACAUACUGGGCUUGUGGCUUUUAGAAAAAGGAGUCCGUCCCGUUCCAGCCCUCCCAAGUAGUCCAUCAUUGGCUGCACAUCCUGGAUCCUGAAUGAUCCUGUGGCCAUUUGCGGUCUUGUCUUACGAAGGAUUGAGUUCACUGAGGCAGCCUCUCCAUCCACCUACUCGAUGUCCACCAUCAUCCCCACCUUUCAGAAACCAGCCCGGCUUCGCUAUGCAGUGCAGUUACCAGCUGCUGGUGUUGUGGUGGGUGGGUGGAUAUAUAUAUAUAUAUAUCGGAGCAGCACUUCAAGUCAAACUGCUUCCACCCCUCCUUUCCUGUGGCCUCUGGCCUUGUCAUGCCAGGCUCAACAUUGUUGAUCAUAGAAGUUUUAUUCAAGGUGUUGCAAAAGCACAAUUCAAAAUGUCGUUAUUGCAUUUGCACUCUAGAUGUUGAAUGAGAAAAAAAGUUGGUCUGCCUAGGUGGACAGUGGAGAUUUGUUUUCUCCACGCAGGGAGGUAGUGCAGCAUUGAGGCAAGAGGACUCAGGAAAGGACCUGGUGGAAAUAGUUUGACUUGCAUAUGUGACGACUAGCUGCCACCAUGCAUGCUUCCAGCCACCCUCUGCACAGCUUCCGGAAGAGACUUCUAGAAUGCAGUAUGGAAACGGACUGGCAUCUAUUCACGGACAUAACGGAUUAGAGAGUUCCGAGUUCAGCUCCAGUGAACAUUUCAGAGUCAGUGUGUUUUCCCUUGUCCUCAUGGUGUGUGUUACUGAUGUUAAUCAUGCGUUCUUCGGAAAGAAGUAGCACUUUACCUUGUGUAAUAAAAUGUGUUUGUCAAUGAAGAA